AGAUGGGGUGGAGUGCCCACGCAUCUGGGGCUGACUCCGCUCUUUCGCAAAUCCUCUGGGAGGAGCCCCCGAGGCCACAAAACUGUCUCCUUCCCGGGGCCGGACUCAGAGGUGCAGGGAGGCCGCGGACAGGAGCCGCUGCUGGAUAUGGGCGUCCCGCUGCUGCUGCCGCUGCUGUUCCUGGUUCAGACCUGCAUUCCAGCCACCUGGGGCCUGCGGUGCAUGCUGUGUGAGAGGACGGAGAAUUGCCAGGUGAAAGAUGGGACUGGCCAGGAUCUCUGCAGGACCACGGUCCUGCGCAUAUGGGAAGGAAGUGAAGAGCUGGAGGUGGUAGAAAGAGGCUGUGCCCACUCAGAGAAGACCAACAGGACCAUGAGCUAUCGACUGGGCAUGCAGAUCAUCACCCUGACAGAGGCCGUGUGUGGGUCAAACUUGUGUAACCAGCCCAGCUCUGGCCGAGUUCCCACCUUUCCCCGAAGCCGUUUCCUUGAAUGUGCUUCCUGCGCCUCAUCAGACCUGAGCUGUGAGAGGGGCCGGGACCAGAGCCUGCAAUGCCGCAGCCCUAGAGAACAGUGCCUGGAGGUGGUGACCCACCGGAGCCUGGAAGGGAUUCUGGAGGAUGAGCGCCAUACUCGUGGCUGUGGCAACCUUCCUGGCUGCCCAGGCCCCACUGGCUUCCACAACAACCACACCUUCCAUUUCUUGCAGUGCUGCAACACCACCAAAUGCAAUGGCGGCCCAGUCCUGGAGCUUCAAAACCUACCGCCGAAUGGCCUGCAGUGUUACAGCUGCGAGGGCAACAGCACCCACGGGUGCUCUUCUGAAGAGACCUCUCUCACCGCCUGCCGAGGCCCCAUGAAUCAGUGUCUGGAAGCCACAGGCACUACUGAGGUGGAGAAUGCCAGCUACACAGUAAGGGGCUGUGCUACGCCCUCAUGGUGCCAAAGCCUCCACGUGGCUGAAGCCUUCAGGCUGACCCAUCUCAACGUCUCGUGCUGCUCUGGAAAUGGCUGUAAUCACCCAAACCUGGAUAUCCAGCCUCGCGUAGGGGGUGCCCCUCGGACUGGCCCCGUCCACCUGAGCUUCACCGUCACUCUACUUAUGACUGCCAGACUAUGGGGAGGCACUCUCCUCUGGACCUGAACCCCACGCUCUCCCUGCCCUGGCUGGAUCCAGGGGACUCCUUUGCCGUUCCUCAGCUCCCAGCCCUGCAGUCUUGCUGUGUGACUUCAGGCCAGUGUGCUAUCUUUUCUGGGCCUCAGUUUUCCUAGCUGUGAAAACACCUGUCUCACAGAAUUAUGAGAACCUGAGGAGAAAAACUGGAGAAAGGCUGCGGGCCAGCAGGAGCGCUCUUGUUAUUAUUAAUAUUGUUACCGCUAUUGUUGUUAUUAAUUAAUAUUUGUUUUAUUUAAUAUUUUAUACUUAUCUAAAGAUUUUUGUACCAGUGAACAAGGCCAGAUCUGCCCUUCUUUGUAGCAUCUGUCUUUGGGAGGACGAAUGGGGAGCACCAUUCCUCAGGCUCCUGGAAUUAGGGGCCACUUGGUAAGACCCAGGCAUCUGAGGCCCUCACCUUAGAAACAGUCUCAUGUGGGCUUCCACCCUAAACCACCCGCAAAUCUAUUUCUGGGCUCCAAAUGCAACCUUCUAACUCACCUACCCAAGCACUAACUUUCCAGUGUCUUCUCCCAGACAACAAAGGUCAAGAAUACGUUGUUGUUCUAAGGAGAUAUGCCAGCAUUUCUUGAGGGCUCUGAGGCAGGAACGCCCGUGAUGCACUGCACCGAGAAAUAAGGACAGGAUGGCAUUGCCCCUGGUACUCUGGGUGCAGGAGAUAAAGGCUAGGCUAUAUUUCCUAGGAUACCCUCAGAAUGACUGAGGGAAAAAAGCAGAACUACCAUUUCAAUGGCACUCUCGGAGCACAGUAUUGAAGAAUUUGUGUUUCCCAUGAUUCACUGAGGCAAACCCAUAGAAACAAAAUUACAUUCCCCGUGGGGCCCUAUGGCAAAUGAAGAAAAAGAUAAGACAUCUUCCAUGGGGGCAGAUGAAGGACAGGGCUUCUUUUUAGGAUCUCUUCAAAUCACAUAUCACCAACCGUCAUUGUGAUGGCUUAAAGAGCUGAAGUCUGUAUCUCUACCUCUUAAACAUGGAUGGCUCAAUGACUGCUUUGACCAACAGAACGUGGUAGCAUGUGAAUGAAUGCCAUGCCAUGUUCUGGGUCCAGGCUUUCAGGAACUGUCUGGUUCUGGAGAAACCAGCUGCCAUGUAAAAAUCCUCCUUCAAUGAGACUGCCAUGCAUUGGGGACACCCCAUCUACUUAUGCAUGGAUGCCAUAUGGAAAGAGAGCCACAGAUGUUACAACCAUCUCGGCCCAGGCUCCAGGCGGGUGGGCGAGGAGCUCCCUGCGACAUUGCGACCCCAGCAGACGUCAGUUGUGGAAGAACAGGAAACCCAGCUGCUAUAAUAAUACUACACACUGACAGGCUAGAUGGCUGCAAACAACAGAAAUUUGUUUUCUCAGUUUUGGAGGCCAGAAGUCCAAAAUCAAGGUGCACGCCUUCUCUAAAGUCUCUGGGGAAAAAUCCUUCCUGGCUUCUUCCUAGCUUCUGGUGGUGGCUGACAAUUGAUGUCCCUUGGCUUACAGCUGCAUCACUCCGAUCUCUGCCUCUGUCAUCAGUCACAUGGCCUUCUUCUCUGUGAAUGUAGCUGUGCAUCUCCAAGUCUCUCUUGCUCUCUUUAUAAAGACACCAGUCAUGGAUUUACGGGUCCUCCCUAAUCCAGUCUGACCUCACCUUAACUUAAUCUCAUCUGCAAAGACCCUAUAUCCAAAUAAGGUCACAUUCAUAGAUCCUGAGGGUGAGGACUUCAACAUAUAUUUUGAGGUGACACGAUUCAACCCACACCACCAGUCAAUAGCCAGCACCAAGGUUUCAGACAUACGGCCCCCGAUGAACCAUCCCAUCCAUCUCCAGCUGUUCAGGCCAGCCCGUUUUGGCCCCAGUCCAUUGUGGAGGCAGAUCCAUAUUGAUGCUACUGUGCCUUGCGGAAAUUCCUGACCCACAGAGCCAUAAAAUAAAAAGGUUGUGGUUUUGUGCCCCUUGA